AUGGACAUUCCGCAAGCACAGGAAGAAGAAAUAGUAGCGCGUCCGGCCAAGCGAAAAAGAGUCGCAUUGGCAUGUGAUACUUGUCGUGAACGGAAGAUCAAAUGCGAUGGGUCGAAGCCUGUGUGUAAUCCCUGCAGGAAGAGAGGGGAACCAGCGACAAGAUGCGUUUACACUGUCAUUGCGGGCACGGCAAAACAGCUUAGCGAGCAAGAGUACAUUGCAUCACUGCAAAAACAAGUACAGGACAUGCAACUGGUGAUCGACCAGCUCCGCCAAGCUGCAGAACUCACCCCCAAAAGCCCCAGACCCGGUACAAUCCACGUCACAACAAGCGGCCCAAGCCCCGUGAGUACAAUGGGCGCCACAACUCUCACUCUCAACCGUCAAGAGGAUGAAUUUUUCGGGCAGUCCUCCCUCCAUUCCCUUCUCCGAGAGGUUCCCCACCCCGAUCGUCAUCGGCCAGUCGCCCCACUUCGGAACCGGGGCCGGAGUUCCGCGACAUCGCUGCUUACCGCCGAGUUCGCUUUACCGCCGAGACAGGUAGCAGACAAGUUCUUGAAUCUGUACUUUGAUAGCGUGCACAUAUUCUAUCCCUGGACACAUUCUACGUGGUUCAGAAAACGGUACGAGGCGUUAUGGACGUCAACGGGCUAUUCGGGAGUGGAGAUGGGCCAAGCUGGUGAUAUUGGCGUGGGCGGCGACCAAUGCCCGGAAACAUCCUUCUUCUGUGUUUUAAACGCAAUGUUUGCUCUGGGAUGCGAGUUCUCAGAUCUUCCGGAGAAGGAGUCGGCCUCGGCCCUGUUCAGCUCAAGGAUGAGGAGUUUACUGCAGACGGACAUUCUUGACAAAGGUGACUUGUCGCAUGUGCAGGCUUUGCUCCUCGCAGGACACUAUGCACUAUCGAGCGAGUAUCCGAUUCGGUGCUAUAAUAUCAUCGGUCUUGCUUGUCGGAUAGCUGUUGGGCUGGGUCUGCAUACGGAGAGGCAUGCUGAUCAGAGAUCUGUUGUGGAGAAUGAAGUACGUCGGAGAGUCUGGUACGGAUGCCUACAAAUGGAGAUGACAGUCUGUAUGACCCUGGGAAGACCACCUGUCCUACAAAUGACAGACGACGUCCUCGUCCCCGCCGCAGUCGACGACGAGUUCAUCUGCCCAGACACUAACUCUUGCAUCCAACCCGGAGGAAUAGUAUCACAAAACCUCUUUGUAGUAGAGAAUAUACGACUAGCCAAGAUCCUGGGCAAGAUCCUGUCAUCGAUCUACUGGCCAAGUUCAUCCUCCGACUUCAGCGCCCUCGUUCGUCUAGACGGCCUACUUGAAGACUUCAAGACCUCUCUAGUGACUGAUCUGAAAUGGUGGGACAACGACAUUGUUCGAACACAGGGUGCUAGGGGUCACAUUAUAAAACGUCAGAGAAACGUUCUGCAGGCGAGGUUUCUUCAUCUCAGGAUUCUAUUGUACCGACCAAGUUUCAGCGCGUUCUGCGCUGCUGCGAGGCGCUCGCGCCAACGACGCGGCACGGGCUCUGGCUUGGAUGAGGUCGCUACCGAAGCAAAUACCCUGCAGGGAGCUUUCCAGGCCCAGUGCGCUACUACGUGUGUUCAGGUGGCGUAUGAGCUAUCGGCGUCCCUACUAGCUGCACGGGAAGUCGAAGCAACGGGUGCAUGGUGGUUCAGUCUAUUCUAUCUUAUGACGUGUGGCGGUAUAAUUAUUCUUGGGGAGUGCGCUCAAGUUGGGGGGAGCAAGCACUUUAACCAGCAGCAGCUCGAUGCGACGUGGGAGAACACGAUGGUGCUUCUGCGAGUUCUCGGUAGGGAGAAUGCCCGUGCGAGAGGUUAUCUGGACCAUUUGCUUGUUCUAAAGGAACAAGCACGGUCUGCAUAUUUCUCAAUACGCAACUCCGUCGUUCCAUCCCGGGCGCCAUCCCGAAGGCCAUCCGUCAGCCUCGAGGGACAGCCCGAUGAGAACGGAGAUCAAGAAAUCCCUACUACCACGGAUGUACAGGAAGAACAGGUCGAUUUCAUGGCAUCGUUGUUUCAGGAUAACUGGGACUGGAGUCUUGAUGGCGGCAUGCCAACGUAUGGUGGUCUUGGAUUUGGAGACGAGUUCAUAUUUCCUCUAUCUAGUUGGCCAGCUUAA